AUGGCUGACCAUGGUAUCACCAUGUCACUUUCCCACACCUCCGACGACGACUCCUCCGACCACAACACCCCUGCCACCGCUGCUGCCGUCGUCUCCAGGAGGCUGCCACCCUCGUCCUCCACCGGCAACCAUUCAUACCACCAUCACCUCUCCGAGCCCCCGCCCCAGAAGAAGCCACGUGGCAGGCCUCCGGGGUCCAAGAAUAAGCCGAAGCCACCCGUGGUGAUCACUCAGGAAAGCGACCACGUGAUGAAACCGGUGGUGAUCGAGGUUGCCGCCGGCUCCGACGUGGUGGAGGCGGUGGUGAGUUUUGCCCGCCGGCGCCAGGUAAGCUUGUCAGUGUUGAGUGGGUCAGGAACCAUUGCGAACGUCACCUUACGUCACCCUUACUCACAUGCUCCUGCAUUAACCCUCCAUGGACCCUUCACCUUGUUGUCGUUCUCUGGAAGCUACAUCGCUGGCCCUUUCACUCCUUCACCUCGUCCUCUUCCUCUUCCUCUUCCUCUUGCCUCUCCAGCUUCCGCUUCCGCUUCAACGGAUGCUUCCUCAGCCAUCCCUACCCCCACCUGCUCCAGCUUCGCUGUUUCCUUCUCCGGUUCCCAGGGACAGAUCUUCGGCGGGGUUGUGGCUGGGACACUCGUGGCGGCCAGCACGGUUGUGGUGUCGGCCUCCGUCUUCAAGAGGCCUGAGUUCCACCAGGUUGGCGAGGGUGUGAGUGCUGGUGGGCGUGACGGUGAUAAUAAGGACGAUGGUGAUCGUCAUAAUAAUAACUACAGUAAUGCAGGUGGUGGCGAUCAUCACGGUGGUUGUGGUGCAGUUGUGAGUGAGAACCCUCUUACUGUGUUCAAUGUGGGGAAUGGCGGUGGUGGAGGAAACGGCAUGAAUAAUAGCCACCCUGCUGAUGUGAACGUCAUGCAAUGGGGCCACACUCUCUCGGCUUCUCGCGCUGCCAAUUACUGA